AAGACAGACUGCAGACAGUCUCCACAGCACUAAGAUAUGGGCUUACUGUGACUGAACUCCGGAGCGUCCCUCUUAAACCUCAAACCAAAAAAAAAAAAAGACUAAAAAGAGAAAAUUAGACUCAGGCUGAAAGCAAGAAGAGAUACAGCUCGUCUAGGAGGAUGGAAAACUGAGCGUGUCCAACACUUUGAGUCUUCAGCGGGAGGGGGAAAAAAAAAGAAGAGAGGAGCAAGGACAAGCCUGAGGAUACUACAGAUUAUGUUGCCAUGGAAACCAGAACCUGGAAGCGGACGCAAGGACCACUGAAGGUGGACAAUCUCCCUUGACUGCAUCCUCAACACAUUACUGUCCCGCUGUGCUGAGAGAAUGAUGUGGAGAAUAACUAUCCCCGUCAUACUGGCUGGGGUGCUCUGCAUCACCGCAGAGACCAAAAAGCACCGUCCCCAGGGAUCCAUCCCAUCGCCAUACAAGACCAAGGGGAACCUGUCCGCAGAACGCCACCACCGGCUAUUGCAGCAGAAACCAGAGGUGCUGUCCUCCAGCCGGGAGGCCUUGGUUGUCACAGAGCGGCGCUACCUCCGCAGAGACUGGUGCAAGACCCAACCCCUUCGUCAGACAAUCAGUGAGGAGGGCUGUCGCAGCCGCACUGUGGUCAACCGUUUUUGCUACGGCCAGUGCAACUCCUUCUACAUCCCACGCCAUAUGGGCCCCAGCCAUGGACAGAAUCGAGGCCACGGCUCAGGCUCUGGAAGAAAAAACCACAACAAAGCCCAGGAGCCAUUUCAGUCCUGCUCCUUCUGCAGGCCACAUCGCAUCACACAGCUGACAGUGCAGCUAGACUGCCCAGACCUGCAGCCCCCUUUCAGGCACCGUAAGGUGCAGAGGGUCAAACAGUGUCGCUGCAUGUCUGUGGAUGUGAGCGGCCAUGGGAAACUGUGAAGAAGGACUUUUUAAAUUUGAAAUGACAUAUAUGUACUGUCAAAGGCAGAGAUUCACCAAGUUUGUCAAAUGAGGACUGGCUUCAAGUGGAACUAUUGUGCAACGUGUUGUACAGAAAAUGACUUUCGCUACCAUAAAGUGACAUGGACCUGGUGUUAAACAAAGGCUAAACAAUGAUUUAAUUAGAGAUGAGCAGCCAUGUUGAACAUGUCAAUGCAGUUUAAAAAAGACUGAUCCUAGUGACUGUACAAGAGACACUGACGGUAAAGCUGCUUGUGCUCAAUAAUGAACAAGUUUUUAUCAUUUUUUGAAAAAAGUUUAUAUCUACCCAAAAGAUUGCAAAGAGUGCCUUUUUUUAAAAAUAAAAAAAAGUACAGAACAUGAUGGAUGCUGAGGAAGAACGGUAACGCAGUGUCCUGCUGUAGAAAGAGUGCAACCACUUAAAAAAAAAAAAGUUUCUGUAACAUGAGAUGUUUUUCUUCUGCAGGUGGAUCUAUAGUAAUUACACAGUGUGCCAGUAUGUUUUUUGCCUGGUUUUACAAGUAUUAUAUGUGUUAUCCUGUACUUUUUUCCAUAAAUUCUAGGAUGUUGUAGGAAGUUGAUGCAUGAAGCAACACAGGACCGACCAGUGGCAUCCACCUGUUUGGACACAAACCUGUCUGCAUACUGUACAUUUGCCACAAAUCGACUAGCCAGUAGGAAAAAAACAUACUGCAGCAUGUGUAAUGGAGGUGCAAUGCAAUAUAUACAGUAUAUAUAUUUUAUGUAUGUGUGUAAGUAUGUAUGUUAAAAGUAUAUUAAAUCUAUUUCAUAUAAAACAAAAGUGGUGCUUAGAGUGCAUGUAGUUCUGUACUGCUUCAUAUCACAGUUGGACAAAUGAUAAACAGAAAGUGAUCAGCAAUAGCAGAAUUUCUAAUAAAAAAAUUAAGGUAAUUUCUUUUAUUCAAUAAAUAUAUUUCUCACGGU